AUGAACGCUUGCGGCCGAGGUAGCUGCAGACUGCGUGUUAUAAAAAUUAUAAUAAUGAGCCAUAAUAUACCAGAUGCUUAAAUUAGAAGUUCGUUUAUGUUUUAAUGUUUUUAACUACAUUCUGUAGCCACUUUUCAUAUAUCUUAUAUUAAUUUACGUAUUAACUUUUUGCAUUUUCUUUGACUUUUAAUUUUUUACUGAUAAGAAGCUACAUUAAGUUCAUCUUUCGUUUGUUUAAUUUAAAUACGUGUAAAAAAGAUGUUACGUUUUACAAACUUUUGUUUUGCACUAUUUUUUACAGUAUUGUACUAUGUAACUAGUACUGAAGUAGCAUCUUAUGUGAAUAGUACCAAAGUACCGGCUUAUGUAAACAGUACUAAAGUACCAUUUACAGUAGUCAGAGCUCAAUCUGAUACUAAAGAAGCUGGCUUUUUAGUUCAAAAUCAAAAUCUUGAUUUUAAAAACGAACCGUAUUUUAUAUCGACUGAUAACUACUUGUUGGCUACUAUUAACAUUGGCACUCCUGGUAGGUUUAUGUUUUUACUAUAUGUAGUAACAAAGGCAAUAACAGUAUUGUUGAAUCAAAUAUAACAAUAAGAAGACCUUUUUAGCCCAAGACUUUCAACUAAAGAUCGACAUCAACAGUAAUGAGUUCUGGGUGGUAAAUACAGAAUGUAAAAGCUUACAAUGUAAUGGCUUGAAAGGCUACAUGUAUCCUUACAGAGAAAAGGUCCAUUACAAUCAAAGGUUUGUUUAAUUAUCGUAUUUUACAAUUGUAAAUUUUAAGCUUGGUCUAUUUGAAGCUUGAUUUGAGAUGGAGCUAGAUCUAGAGCCGCAGCCAGUGAGUGCUUUGGUUUAGGGCUCUGAACUAGGGCUCUGGACUAGGACUCUGGACUAGGGCUCUGGGCUAGGGCUCUGGACUAGGGCUCCGGGUUAGGGCUCUGGGCUAGGACUAUGUAUUCAAAAAUGGCAUUUUUUAGUGAUUCAUCAACAGCUGAGGCUAAAAAUGAAAAGUUUGGUCUUGGAUUUGGACAAGGAUUUGUGAAGGGUGAACAACUUACUGAUACUGUAAAAGUAAGUACAAAAUUACAAAGAAAGUACCCAAUCUACUUUGCUCAGAAUCAGCUCAAAAUCUUUUAUAUUAAUUCAUAGUACUACCAAUAGUACCCGUAAAAAACUUUAGUCCGCCAGUUUGAGUUUUAAAAUUUAACUAUUUGGCUUUCCCGCCAAUUUGGAGAAUUUUGGCAUUGUGUUUCAAGCACCCGUUUUCGACAUCCCAAACAAGCUACACUUACAAAUUUAAAAAUGUAGAUUUAUUUAAAAGCAGUUCUACUUGUAUAUCAAAGAAAAAUAGUUAAAAGUCAAAAAAUGACAAAAUUAUAAGCUUGAAACACAAUGCCAAUUUGGCAGAAAUUCAAAACGUAACUUUUUGAUUUCAAUUUUCUCGAGAUUGACUGGAAGCGCGAUUUAGUAAUUUCUUGGAGGUCUUAUAUUUACAUGGUCUUUUUAUGUAAAAAGUUUGAAGCCAAUCAGAGAGGGGAAGGUCUGGCACUUUCCUUGUCAGUUUAAUUCCGCCUGUAAUUUUUUUCAAAAAAUUUUUAGAUUUAAAGUUUUGUAAAAUACGAAGCAGCAGAACGAGGCAGGCGUAGCGUCUUCCUUGUCAUUUAAUCUUAGGUGCCAACAUAAAGAACCCACCAUUUUUUACAGAAAAUUACAGGCUAUGUAUGGCGGGUUCUUUAUGUCGGCACUUAAUAGCUUUUCUUGUCUAAUUCAUAAGCUCUUAACCUGACUUUUCAAAUUUCAGAUAGGAGAAUGGACCGUGACCGAAAAGUUAAAUUUCAUUUCAACGUCCGAAAUCCAACUCUUUUUCGGUUAUCAACCAGCCGAUGGCAUUUUAGGCCUAGGAUUUGAAAAACAAAGCCUAAGCGAGUAUAAAACUUGGCGGAAUCCAAUUGAUGACAUAUUAUUAAGUCAUGGUCUUGAAUAUUACUCAUUACAACUCAAUCAAACCGAUGAGAAAGAAAUCCAAGGUGAACUACAGUUUGGCAGUCGAGAUCAUGACAUUUGUGAACAUACUGAACAAUAUGCACCUUCAAUUGAUGCCAACUCAUGGAGACUGGCUUUGAAUAGAGUUGAGAUUGGCGAUAUUUUGGUUGAGUAUAAUGGUGAGUUAAAUAAUUUAUCCUUCCCUACUAGAUCGUACUGUAAUAUGCUUUAUAUUGCUGCGCUUUACUUGACCUUACUGUACUUUACUUUAACUUGUUGUACUUUACUUUACUUUGCAGUACUCUAAAUUAACUUAUUGGGCUCUAAUUUACAUUGUUUGACCUUAUUGCCUUCUACUUUAUAUUACAUUUAUUUAAGCAACCUUAUUGGGCUUGACAUGCUUUUACAAUACUGUACUAGACCUUACUCUACUGCACUUUACCUUACUGUUACUUAUUUUACCUUACUGCGCUUAAUUUUUCUUUACCGUACUGAACUUUAUCUAACUAUACUUUGCUUUUCCUUACGGUGCCCUUACUUACCUUAUUGUCCUUACUUGAUCUUCCUGUACCAUAAUUUAUCAUACUGUACUUUACCUUACUUUGCAGUACUUUAAAUCCUUUUACUUUAAUUUUUUCUUGCUGUGCACUAACUUAACUUUACUGUACUAAUUACCUUGCAGUACUCUAAAUUAGCUUAUUAUACUCUACUUUAUCUUUCUACACCCUACUAUAACUUAUUGUACCUUAUUUUAGCUUACUGUGACUUGAGUUCUUUUAUAUUUUGUAUUUCAGGUAAAAUAGCCCUAGACCCAUCCUCAGUAUGGAUUCAAGCACCAUCCAAGAUCGUUAAUGCUGUAUACAAUGUGAUAAAGCCAAUUCACAUGUCUUACUAUGGUUAUGUUGUGAUGUGUAAUGACAUCAAGAACAAACCUUCCAUUCACAUCAAAGGCAGUGUUGAUCUGGAGAUCUCUAGUCACAACUACAUCUUGGAUGUAAGUUUAACUACAUAUUUUGGAGGCAAUUAGUAUUAUAGUAGACUUGGCAGUUAGUAACUUUAGGCUUAAGUUGCUGGGGUUUAUUAGGCUUAGGCUAGGUAACUUUAGCGUUAAGAAUUGGGCUUAGUGGAACUAAAUUUAGUAAGCUUGGCAGGGUAGGGUAGUUUGAUUUGUUAUUUUUAGCUUGGCUACGGUGGUGGUUACUGUGCAGUAACAUUGAUCGCUAAUGAUGAUGGUGGUUUUGGUGGAGCUGACAUGAUUAUUGGAGAGCCAUUACUACGGCAAUAUUGCCAAAGUUUUCAUGUUUUCGAAAAGAAAAUUGGAUUUUCAAAAAAUUGGAAACUAAAUCAAAAUUAA